AUGUCGCAGGGUCUGCCCGAGUGUAUCACUAUGUCGCAGAGUCUGCCUGAGUGUAUCACAAUGUCGCAGGGUCUGCCUGAGUGUAUCACUAUGUCGCAGGGUCUGCCCGAGUGUAUCACUAUGUCGCAGAGUCUGCCUGAGUGUAUCACUAUGUCGCAGGGUCUGCCUGAGUGUAUCACUAUGUCACAGGGUCUGCCUGAGUGUAUCACUAUGUCACAGGGUCUACCUCAGUGUAUCACUAUGUCGCAGGGUCUGCCUGAGUGUAUCACUAUGUCGCAGGGUCUGCCUGAGUGUAUCACUAUGUCACAGGGUCUGCCUGAGUGUAUCACUAUGUCACAGGGUCUGCCUGAGUGUAUCACUAUGUCACAGGGUCUGCCUGAGUGUAUCACUAUGUCACAGGGUCUACCUCAGUGUAUCACUAUGUCGCAGGGUCUGCCUAAGUGUAUCACUAUGUCGCAGGGUCUGCCUGAGUGUAUCACUAUCUCGCAGGGUCUGCCUGAGUGUAUCACUAUGUCGCAGGGUCUGCCUGAGUGUAUCACUAUGUCGCAGGGUCUGCCUGAGUGUAUCACUAUGUCGCAGGGUCUGCCUGAGUGUAUCACUAUCUCGCAGGGUCUGCCUGAGUGUAUCACUAUGUCACAGGGUCUGCCUGAGUGUAUCACUAUGUCACAGGGUCUGCCUGAGUGUAUCACUAUGUCACAGGGUCUACCUCAGUGUAUCACUAUGUCGCAGGGUCUGCCUGAGUGUAUCACUAUCUCGCAAGGUCUGCCUGAGUGUAUCACUAUGUCACAGGGUCUGCCUGAGUGUAUCACUAUGUCACAGGGUCUGCCUGAGUGUAUCACUAUGUCACAGGGUCUACCUCAGUGUAUCACUAUGUCGCAGGGUCUGCCUGAGUGUAUCACUAUGUCGCAUGGUCUGCCUGAGUGUAUCACUAUCUCGCAGGGUCUGCCUGAGUGUAUCACUAUGUGCUGCAAGCUGCCAAAUGAUCACCAGCUCCAGUUUUUUCCCCUCAGGGUUCUCUCAGCCUUUCUCUUGUUUGGGAUUGUCCUCAAAGAUAUUCUUUUUAAAAUCCUGCACAAAAUAGGCUGCCCAUCGUAA